AUGGACACAGAGGAAAAUGACCGCUACAGUAGAAACAGAAAUAUGCCAAUGAGAAGGAGUCACCAACUUGCCGGUCUACCGUCGCUGGAAAUAGACGAAGAGGAGUAUGAGAAACCAUGGCAGAAGAGGUUAAAUCAAGCUCGGGGAAAGAUCUCGCGAUGUUCCGAUCCCACGAAACCCGUGCCCAGUAUGUUCUUACUAUUGCUCCUUGGCGCCUACCUCACGGUUGGCUAUCUGGCGCAGCUGAUAGAAGAUGACAUGCCUCGGCCUAUACUCGAGAGUGAGAUACAUAAAAAAGAUGCGAAGACCUUCAGCGAAGAGUCGGCGAAGAAGUACCUCCACCAGCUGUUGGGAAACGGCCCCAGGGUGGCGGGGACGAAGUAUCAUCUGGAAAAGACGGUAGACCUGAAGUCUAUGCUCGACUCCAUAGCGGCGGAAGCCAACUUGCCAGUGAGAACCGAUUGGCAGUUCGUGUCUUGCGACUUCUGGAUCGAGUUCAGCACUCCCCACGCGUCCAGCUACCAGAACCUGUCGAACCUGGUGGCCGUGCUCGAGGGCGGGAGCGGGUUCGAUCCCGACGGGCGCACCGGCUCGGCCCUGCUGGUCAACUGUCACUACGACUCGGUGCCGUUCGCCAUCGGCGCGUCGGACAACGGCGUCUUCUGCGCCGUGAUGCUGGAGACCUUGAGCAAGCUGUCCAGAAGGAGGAAGAAGUUGAGGCACAACAUCGUCUUCCUCUUCAACGGCGCCGAAGAGAAUCCACUGCAGGGCAGCCAUGGGUUCCUGAAGCACCGCUGGGCUACCGGCAUCACCAGCGUGGUCAAUUUGGACGCGGCCGGGAUGAACGGGAAACCGGCCGUCUUCCAGGUGUCCGAUAGUCGAUCGCUGGCGGCCUACCGGCUCGUCGCACAGCGGCCCAACGCGCAGAGCUUCGGCGAGGCCCUGUUCAAAUCCGGCCUCAUACCGUCGGACACCGAUUUCAGGAUAUGGAGGGACUUCGGCUCGAUUCACGGCGUGGACGUGGCCUUCGCCAAGUGGGGGUGCGUGUACCACACCCGGAACGACCGGCCCGAGCUGAUCAGGGAGGGGGUGGUGCAGAACGCUGGGGACGUGCUGCUGGCGAUGCUGGAGCGGCUGGCGGACGACGAGCUGAUGGCCGCCAAGACGGCGGCCGCCUCGCUGGUCUACUUCGACUACCUCAACGUGUUCCUCGUGACGUAUGACAAUGGAACCGCGCAAUUGGUCGACAUUUCGGUCGCGCUGUCCGCUCUGCUAACAGUCGCGUACUAUUUAUCCGUCGUGGGGUUCCGGCGGACGUCGGCAGUGGGGCUGCUGUGGGGAGUGGGGGGGCGGCUGCUCUGCACCGUCUUCGGGCUGGUCAGCGGCGCGUUGGCAGUGCUGCUGAUGACCAUCGUCGCAGAACAGCUCAGGUACCUCUCAAGACCCUGGCUGGUGGUCCCUUUCUACUGGAUCCCAUACCUCGUCGGGUAUUUGCUGAUCUCAUUCAGAAUAGACCAGCCCGAGGGUCAGGGUGGUCUGAACCGGUCCCUUCGCACUUUGGAGGCGAUGGCGGCCACUAGGCUGCUUUUAGCGGCCGUCCUACUGCCUCUGGCAGUCGUGCCAAGCUUGGCAAGUAUGCGUUACGUCAUCACGGUUCCCCUGGCGGCCACGAGUGCCGCUUCGUUGGUCUCCAUCACGGCCCUGAAGGUCUUCAGGGUGACAGCCGUGCAGCAGCUGGCGAUGGAGUUCCUCCUCUCGCUGCCCGGCUUCCUGUUCGUGGCGUCGGUCUCCCUCCGCCUGGACUCGAUCCUGGUGCCCACGGCCGGCAGGAUGCCAAUCAACCACCCGGACCUGGUGGUGGGGGGUGCCAACCUGGCGCUGGCAGCCCUCGCCGCCACAUUAGUGUCGGGAGUGGAACUGCUGUUCUCGCGCAAAGGAGCCUGGCUGCCACUGGGCCUGGUGGGUGCCACCAGCCUGGCGCUGAUGCUCGCCCCGCUAAGCGUCUACGACGACUUGGCCACGCAGAGGCACUACUGGUUUCACUCGGAGAUAGUCAGCUACUCUUGGAACGGGAGCGAGGUUGGGCGGGAGUCGGGGCUGGUGAUUCCUCGCCAGGACGCCCACACCCUGGCCAGGGCGCGGCCGCUCUUCUCGGGAAGGUGGAAGCCGGUCUCCGAGGAGUGUGGCAGAUUCGUGCACUGCAACCUGCCACUCUCCAGGCCAAGGUUCGGGCACCACUUGAACGACUCUCUGUUCCUUCACACGGCCCCUCCAGCCAGGUUCGAACCCGAGCCCUCGCUGGACGUGACCCGCUCCUGCCGAGGAGAAGAGUGCACCCUGCACUGCACUAUGAUAGGUCCAGCGCACAGCCUGCUGACCCUGCUGCCAACGGGCGCCGCGGCGCUGGCCGGCUGGUCCCUGGCCGGCCCGCCCAAGCCGAGCGGCCGGUUCCUGGGCAGGCCGCUCUUCAUCGUUCUGCACUCCGUCGCCACCCACUCCACCGACCCUGGGCCCUUCUCCUUCAACCUCACCUUCCGGGUGGCGCCCUCACAGCAAAACCAACCACUCGUGGAAAUAUCCCACCACGCCCACAAAAUCGCCCACCCCGAGGACUUCACAGAAUCCUACAAGAGGCUCCUGGCGAAAGCGCCGAAAUACUUCAACAUCGCCAGCACUCUCAGCGUCCGGACCAACUACGUGUUU